AUGGCGAACGCGGGCCCGUUCCGCAAGCGCAUGGCGCGCGUGGUGGUCGACCUGAACAACCAGCUGGCCGACUCGCAGUCGGGGUCACUCAUCCAGAUUUGGAUGCCGGACAGGACGGAGGGAAGCAGCCAGCUGCAGACGCAGGGCCUGCCCUACGCGGUUACGGGCACCGGAGACCUGCUCGCGCUCUUCCGCUGCAUAUCGUGCCGCUACCACUUCAGCACGGACGUCAUGCAGCCCAAGCUGUUGGGCGCGCCCGGCCGAGUCUACACCACGCUGGAGCCGGAGAUGUGCAACGACCUGCAGAAGUAUCAAAAGCAGAUCUACCUGCGGGUGAGCGAGGCUCAGAGGUGCAUGGUUCACUCCACCCUGGUGAUGCCCUUCUUCGAAACCGCUGCCAGGGAAAGGCCUAUUGGCGUGCUGGAGGUCAUUAAGACAUCGAAGAACGUUGCGUUCAACGACCUCAUCGACCGUUGCAUAGCGGCAUUGCAUCGAGUUGAUCUGUACUCAUCAGAUUUGGAUUAUCGAAAUCUGGAGAUUGGCCUUCGCCAGUGGCCCUUAGAUGUGGACAACUCGUUAAUGGAGGUGGCGCCAAGAGUGCAGAUAGAGGAGCUUCCUGUGGAUGGCGAGGAGGCAUCUGGAACAGGAGAGAAUUCGAGCGAAGCGUCGCCCCUGAAAGCUAGGCGGAGUUCGUCCCAGAUCAAGAGCUGCUCAUCGCCAGAUAUGGACAAUGCAGCAACGUCAAAUCCUGAGAAAGGUGAAAAUUGGGACGUGACUGGUUUUGAAGUGUCGAAACUAAGGAUGGAACUUGCAAGAUUACGGUUGGGAGAGGAGAAGUUGACACUGAGGCACAGCUGCCUUGUGGACCUGUCCACAUAA